UAGGAGGCCGGCCUACCGGUCGACUUCCUGCUCCGCGCCCUCCUCCCUGCGGCGGGAGCGCGGGGCUUCCACUCCGCAACACUGGGCAGAGGGAGCCUACGGUGCGGGGCCCACGUGACCAUUUUCCCUGCCGCCCACCCCAGGUCCGGAGGCGGGGGCCGAGAGAAGGACUCCGGGCCGAGCCGCGGGGCGGGGCUCCAGCCUGUGACUCCACUGGAGCAACCUGAGCCGUAGGACGCGGCUCCUUGCGGCUGUCUGAGCUCCACGCGCCGCGAUGGGCCGGGCGAGCCGCUCCGCCGUCCUGCUGCGCGCGCUGCUGCUGCUGCUGCUUCUGCUGCCGCUGCGGGCGACGACGACGCGGGCGCUCGGCCCUCGGAUCAGUGUGCCGCUGGGCUCUGAAGAAAGGCUGGUUAGAAAAUUUGAAGCUGAAAACAUCUCCAACUACACAGCCCUUCUGCUGAGCCAGGAUGGCAAGACGCUGUAUGUGGGGGCCCGAGAGGCCCUCUUUGCACUUAACAGCAACCUCAGCUUCUUGCCAGGCGGGGAGUACCAAGAGCUGCUGUGGAGUGCAGAUGCUGACAGGAAGCAGCAGUGCAGCUUCAAGGGCAAGGACCCAAAGCGGGACUGUCAAAACUACAUCAAGAUCCUCCUGCCUCUCAACAGCAGCCACCUGCUCACCUGUGGCACCGCAGCCUUCAGCCCCCUGUGUGCUUACAUUAACACAGCGAGCUUUACUUUAGCCCAAGAUGAGGCCGGCAAUGUCCUCCUGGAGGAUGGCAAGGGCCGUUGUCCCUUUGACCCCAACUUCAAGUCCACGGCUCUGGUGGUUGAUGGUGAGCUGUACACUGGAACAGUCAGUAGCUUCCAGGGAAACGACCCAGCCAUUUCCAGGAGCCAGAGUCCCCGCCCCACCAAGACUGAGAGCUCCCUCAACUGGCUACAAGACCCUGCCUUUGUGGCCUCAGCCUACAUCCCUGAGAGCCUGGGCAGCCCGAUAGGGGAUGAUGAUAAGAUCUACUUCUUCUUCAGUGAGACGGGCCAGGAGUUUGAGUUCUUUGAGAACACCAUUGUGUCCCGAGUUGCCCGAGUCUGUAAGGGCGAUGAGGGCGGAGAGCGGGUGUUGCAGCAACGCUGGACCUCCUUCCUCAAGGCUCAGCUCCUGUGCUCCCGGCCCGAUGAUGGCUUUCCCUUUAACGUGCUACAAGAUGUCUUCACCCUGAACCCCAACCCUCAGGAUUGGCGCAAGACCCUUUUCUAUGGGGUCUUUACCUCCCAGUGGCACAGAGGGACCACAGAAGGCUCUGCUAUCUGUGUCUUCACCAUGAAUGAUGUGCAGAAGGCCUUUGAUGGCCUGUACAAGAAAGUAAACAGAGAGACACAGCAGUGGUAUACUGAGACCCACCUGGUGCCAACACCACGGCCAGGAGCGUGCAUCACCAACAGUGCCCGGGAACGGAAGAUCAACUCUUCCCUGCAGCUCCCAGACCGAGUGCUGAACUUCCUCAAGGAUCACUUCUUGAUGGAUGGGCAGGUCCGCAGCCGCCUGCUGCUGCUGCAGCCACAAGCCCGCUACCAGCGUGUAGCUGUGCACCGAGUGCCUGGCUUGCACAACACGUAUGAUGUCCUAUUUCUGGGCACUGGUGAUGGCCGCUUGCACAAGGCAGUGACCCUGGGCUCCAGAGUGCACAUCAUUGAGGAGCUGCGGGUCUUCCCUCAAGGACAGCCUGUGCAGAACCUGCUCUUGGACAGCCAUGGGGGACUGUUGUAUGCCUCCUCCCAUUCUGGGGUGGUGCAAGUGCCCGUAGCCAACUGCAGCCUGUACCCAACCUGUGGAGACUGCCUCCUGGCUCGAGACCCCUACUGCGCCUGGACGGGCUCUGCUUGCAGACUCGUUAGCCUCUACCAGUCCGAUCUGGCCUCCAGGCCAUGGAUCCAGGACAUUGAGGGUGCCAAUGCCAAGGAACUCUGCAAUAUUUCUUCAGCCAAGGGCCGGUCUAUUGUGCCAGGUAAGCCAUGUAAACGGGUCCAGAUCCAGCCAAACACAGUGAACACCCUGGCCUGCCCACUCCUCUCAAACCUGGCUACUCGGCUCUGGCUGCACAAUGGGGCCCCAGUCAAUGCCUCUGCCUCCUGCCGUGUGUUACCCACUGGGGACCUGCUGCUGGUGGGCAGCCAGCAGGGCUUGGGGGUGUUCCAGUGUUGGUCGAUAGAAGAAGGAUUCCGGCAGCUGGUGACUAGCUACUGCCCAGAGGUGAUGGAGGAUGGGGCAAUGGACCAAAAGGACCAACGUGAUGGUACCCCAGUCAUCAUCAACACAUCACGAGUGAGUGCACCGGCUGGUGGCAGGGCCAGCUGGGGUGCAGACAAGUCAUACUGGAACGAAUUCCUGGUAAUGUGUACUCUGUUUGGGUUUGCUGUGGUGCUUCUGGUUCUGUUCUUUCUCUACCGACAUCGGGAUGGCAUGAAACUCUUCCUAAAGCAGGGCGAAUGUGCCAGUGUGCACCCCAAGACUCGCCCUGGAGUGCUACCACCUGAGACCCGACCGCUCAAUGGUGUCGGCCCUCCUAGUAACCCACUUGACCACCGAGGCUACCAGGCCCUGUCGGACAGCUCCCCAGGGCCCCGAGUCUUUACUGAGUCAGAGAAGAGGCCACUGAGUAUCCAGGACAGCUUUGUGGAGGUGUCUCCCGUGUGUCCCCGGCCCCGAGUUCGACUUGGCUCUGAGAUCCGAGACUCUGUGGUAUGAGAGCUGACUUUAGCUGUGGCCACCCUGACCUCAGAGCUGUGAAUGUUCAGUGGAGGUCAGCUACCUCUGCUUCUCACAGAACAUAACCAUGGUACCAUGCCUGGGAGGCAGCUGGUAUCACAGCCCCAACAGCCCAGCCAGCUGGUUCCAGUGUCUGGCUAAAAAGAGGGCUGCCUCCAGGGGCCAGAGGGCCUUGUCUGGGUGGCAGAACUCUGCUACUUAACUGAGCCCUUUGUUUAAAACUGCAAAUGUGAAGCCAGAGCGAGAGGAAGGAGAGACAGACAAGGAACAGCCACUCCAAUUCAGCCUGCCGGGCUCUUGGGGACUUCUCCAAAGUGGCUUUGUGAGCCAGAGUUGGGAAUCCUUCCCCCACUGGACUAUUCUACCUUCCGCCUUACUCUGCUGCUGAGGCUACCCUUUCUCACUGCAGAAUCAGGGCCCUGCUCCAGCUUCAGCCAACCGAGGACGUAUCUGUGACCGCUGAUACCCUACCACCUCAGGGACCAGAGGGCUAAGCUGGCUCUGCAGCCCUCCUCACCAGACCCUGGGCUCAGUCCCAGUUCCCGGACUUCUCCGGCCUGUAUCAGGCUGUGGCCUCGAAAGCAAGGAAGUGACCCCAGGGGGAGUUGUGACAGAAGACUGUGGCCUGCUGUCCUUUUCCCAGUCAGAGAACUGUGUCCCCACCCACCUGUCUUCUAAUUCCAACAGACUUCUGGAUCCUCCCCGUUCCCUGUCCUAGUUCACCGUGCCCUUGCCUAUCACUCUAAGGGAUACUGACACUGCCCAUCACAAGGACCCUGAAUUUACAUGGGUUUUGUAUUUUUUUUUUAAAUAAGAUGCACUUUACUUUCUUUUUUAAAUAAAGUCUGACAAAUUAUAGUUAAUUGUG